CAUGUGUGUUUGUCGACGUCUCCCGGAAACAGCACAAUCCGCGCGAGAGGCUCCAACCCCCGGGACAGGCCCCGGCCCCGGCCCCAGCCCCAGCCUCGAAACCGAAACCCCCGGGACAGGCCCCGGCCUCGAAACCGAAACCCCCCGGGACAGGCCCCGACACCGAGCCUCCGCUGCUCCUGAGAGAGGCCCAGGCCGCGGGCUCCGGGAGACGGUUAGUCCCGCCGUGGGCCGAGGCCAUGGCCCCGCUGUGGUUCCUGUUGCCGAUCCCGCUGCUGCUGCCGCUGCUGUGGUUGCUGAGCUCCGGCUUCCGUUAUUACUGUAAAAUGGGAUUUUAUUAUUCCUGGAUCAUGGCGCUCGCUGUCCCGGUCAUCCCACUCUGUCUGUUUCGGGGCCGCGACGUGGAGAACAUGAAAUUAGUCCGUAGUGUUUUGCAACACAUCAAGAAUUUGUAUGGAAUUAAACUUGAAGUGAAGGGGUUGGAAAAUCUGGAUGUCAAAGGUCCCUAUGUCAUUAUCUCCAAUCACCAGAGCUCACUGGAUCUGAUGGGCAUGAUGGAGAUCCUUCCUGAUCGUUGUGUUGCGAUUGCAAAGAAGGAGCUGAUGUAUGCUGGCACUGUGGGGUUGGUAUGCUGGCUUGCAGGCAUCAUCUUCAUCAACCGACAGAAAAAAACAGAUGCUAAAAGUGUGAUGACUGAGGCUGCUCAGACCAUGCUGAAAGAAAAUAUCAGAUUGUGGGUGUUUCCAGAAGGAACCAGAAAUCAUGAUGGUAAUAUGUUGCCAUUUAAACGAGGAGCUUUCCACUUAGCCAUACAGGCACAGGUUCCAAUUAUUCCAGUGGUGUUCUCCUCUUACAAUGACUUCUACAACAGGGCAGAGAAAAGAUUUACUUCUGGAAAGUGUAUCGUUCAGAUUCUUCCUCCAAUAGAAACUCGAGGCAUGACAACAGACAAUGUGCCGGACUUAACUGAGAGAGCACGCAAUUUGCUUAUGACCACAUGGAAUGAAAUCUCUGCUCCUAUCCUCAAAAUGCAUGGGGCCCAAUGAAGUCACUAUGUACUGAUCUUUAUGGAGUGUUUGCAUCAGUGAUGUUUGUGCUGAGGUCUAUACUGAUACUUCAGAUCGUGUAAUGAGUUUUACACUAAAUGGAUUUUCAUGAAACAUUAGGAAUUACUCAUUGAUCAGCAAGAUGCUGUCACUUAUGAUGGUAGUCUCUUGCUGGACAACAUGGGCAGGGAAUCCCAAUCACUGGAUUUAAUACCUGAAGUGGGAUCUCUUGCUUCCAAGUAAUAGGAAGAAAAUAGAUGCUCUGUGAGCUGUUUAACUGCUGUCAGUUCUUCUAGCCAGGUGGCCACACAUUCAGGUUAUUUUCAUUCAUAGUGCAAGUACAUUUCUCUUUCAUUGUGCCCGUAAGCAAAUUCCAGCACUAGUAUUUGAUUACAGUCAAUGUUUAGAUUGAGAAAAUAGAUUGAAAAUUAUUGCUGCCAUUCACAAUUGUACACCAUGCCAUUCUCUUAUAAAUUAACUCUGUGAUAGACUUCAAAACUUAAGAAUUUUUGUUUUGGUGCACAGAACUAGAUAAUUUUGUUUUUGAAACAGAGGCUAUUUACACAUUCUACAUCCUUUCCUGAGCAGGCCUCUGUUUCCUUUCCUGUUUCUAUUUGCUGCUUAUCCAGGGAAUUAGAAUGUGUCGGUGCCUACCUGCUCUAAGUGAGGCAGAGUUACAACUAUAACCUGCACUUGCCUUGAUCCUAUCAAUAUUGGUCAAGUUCUUUCAUCCAAAUGUAUUUUAUUGAGUUAACUGUGUAAUGUAUUUGUUGAGGUGAAAAUGUCUUAAGCUUUGCAGGAGGCAAGUUCCCAUAAAUGAUGUAAUUACUGUUGCAUUACUGAUGAGCUCAAAUCAGUGAGUUUCUGUACUGUGGUUAGGACCUGAUGUAAAAUUACAAAUCUCAGUAUUUACAAUUUAAUUGUACAGAACUUAACCUGCGGUAAACGUGUAAACUUGAUUCUACAACACUUUGUGGCACUAGAAAGUAACACUGCCCCCCUCAAUCUAGUGAGAGGUCAAAUAAUGUCGAGGCCACUUGGUCUUAAUGGUGACUCCAAAGUAUCAGUGUUUAGGGCCAGUAAGCUGUGUUCUGCAGCUUAUCUUUGCUGUAUUGCUUUUGAAUGUCUGUUUCUGUACCAUUUGAAAUUGUCUUGGUAAAAUAUUAAAUGAUGAUGCAUGUAAAUGUAAUUUGCAUUGCUUUAGGCUUUUAUGUGAGAAUAUUUGAUCCUUUUUAAAGUUGCCAUUUUCAAUCAACUCUUCAAUAAGUAUUUAGCGACAAGCUCAUACCUUGCACUUUUCCGAUUUCCCUCAUUGACAUUUUAGUUUUAGUCUUAAUUCUGUGACAGCUGAUUCAAUGAUCAAUAAAAUCAUUUGGAGAAUUA